UGUCUUCCUCCACCGUCGCUCGCCAUCUGCAAUUUCUCCUCUCUCUCUCUCUCUCUCUCUCUCUCUCUCUCUUCCAACACUUCUACGUUAUAGAAAACCCAAACCCUCAUUUCCCCCCUCAUACCCUUUUUCUAUUUCUCUCCCAAAUUUCCCAUUCCUUUUUUUCUCAAUCCAAAACCCAAUUCGCUCUCCCCAGCAUUUUUCAUCUUCAGGGUGUGAGGGAUCAUGGGCUCCAGGGAUCCUACUCCGGUGGCUGACCAGGUCAAUGGGGCAGCGCUGGCGCCGGUUGACCGGGCGUGCCCUGGGAAAAAGGUUCAUGGGAAAAUUCCUAAGAGAAUCCACAAGGCCGUGAGGGAGAAGAAGAAGCGUGAGCAUUUGAAUGAUCUUUUUCUUGAGCUGUCUGAUGCUCUUGAACUUAAUGAGCAGAACACUGGAAAGGCCACCAUACUGUGUGAAGCUACUAAACUUCUAAAGGAUUUGCUUGGGCAAAUUGAAUCCUUAAGAAACGAGAAUGUGACCUUGCUGUCUGAAUCUAACUAUAUGACCAUUGAGAAGAAUGAACUCGGGGAGGAUACUUCUGCCUUGGAAACUCAUAUUGAAAGAUUGCAAGGUGAGCUACAGGAGAGGAUGCUCCAGUCCAAACCAGACCUUAAUAUACCACCUGUAGAAUUUGGACAAGAAGUGUCGUCCCAUUUUGCUGGAAAUUGUCUUGGAUUGCCUGCUCAAGAAUCAGCUUUGCACCAAGCACCUGCUGUCUUUGUCAUGCCCCUCCACCCUGAUCUCCAAACUGAUCCAGCGACAGAUUCCGCCCACCUCGCAUCGAAGAACAACUCAAAUGUCAGCAAACCACAUGCUAGGUAUCCAACCUCGGUGGAUUGUUGGCCAUUACAACUUCUCGGUGAGCAACCAGCAGCAGGCAAAGACUCUCGAUAGAGUGGUCACAGUACCAGCGGAUAAAAUGGCUGUGAUUAGUGUAACCAAUCUUUGUGAUUAAAAUUAUUUAAAGCGCAAUCUUCUUUACCUUUUCUUGGGUUAAUUGACAAUGCCCGCAGCCCCCUAGUGCUGGUUUUGUAUAUUUCGUGAAGGUAAUACAAGUGCGUCUAGACUUUGCAUAGA